CUCGCAGGAUGCGCGUGCUGCUGGGCCUGGUCUGGCUCGUGAGCACAGCCUGCGCCGAGGCGCCCUGGACGCCGUUCGCUGCGCUCUGGCCGCGCCGCCUCCUCGCCCACUUCCCACUCGACGCCGACGCGACCAACGCAGCCACCGCCGCGAGCGCGUCGACCAACGUGACUCUCGUCGAGCGGCCAACGCCGGAUGGCACCGUGGGCAUGGUGGGCUUCUUCAACGGCGAGAGCCGCAUCGACGUCGCCAUCGACAUGAACGCGCAUGUCCAGAGCGAGGUGACAAUCGGCGCCUGGGUCUACGUGCCCGAGUACACGACGCCCGACCGCGCCAGCACACUGUGGACGCAUGCAGACGACAGCAUCCACGAACGUGCGCUCUACUUUGACAGACAUGGCUGGGGCGUCGCCACGGGCGCAUAUGCGACAGGUGCGGCCGGCGGCCUUGCAGUCGCGACCAACCAGUGGACAUUUGUCGCCGCCGUGUACAACGAGCGCAACGCCUCUGUUGUGCUCUACGUGGAUGGGCGUGCGCUCUACAGCGCAGCACAAAUGCGCCUCGGCGCGCCGACGACGCAACUCGGCACCGCUUUUCGCGGGUUCAUAAAGCACGCUUUUGUGUACAAUGUAGCGCUGCAGAUCGGCGAGCUCGACUACUUGCGCACCGCGUCGCUCGCGUUGCUGCCGCCCGUGGCCGGCGCCGCCGGGUACGCGCUGGCCUUUCCAACAUCGGCCGCCAUUGGCCUCUCGCUUCCAGUGCCGACCGACCCGACGCUCGUCGCGACGACGACACUCAGCCUCUGGCUCACGAUCGAUUUUGCAGCCCAGCCCCGGCAGUGCCUUUGCGCCUCUGUGCCACCACCUGGCGCAGUGGACGACGCAGUGCACGUCAUGUUUGUCCGUGAUGUGAAUAGCAACAGGUACGUGGUCGAAGUGGUGACGCUCGACAGCGAGACACGGAUCGUCAAAGACACAAAGACCGUUGGGAUGACCAGCCUCCCGGACAAUGGCGUGUGGGGCCAUUUGGCGCUGGCCUACUCGGACGCCUCCCUGUAUUUCUACUUGAACGGGCAGCUCGCAGCGACGAUGCCACGGACCAAGCCGCUCCUUGUACCCGGCGGCCGCAUCGAUCUGGGUCUCUGCGGCGGUGCCACGUACGCGACGGUGGCAUUUCGAGGCGCCAUGGACGAGAUCCAGCUGUGGUCGACUGCGAUAGCGGCGCCCGUCGUGCACACACGUCUGCUUGGCUCAGAGCCUGGGCUCGUUGGGUACUGGGAUUUGGACGGUACCAUGGACACGCUGGAUGUCCCGAGCAAGACGAUUGGCUACUCGCCGCGCCUCAACGGGCGUAUUCGAAUUCUCUCAUAUGAAAACAGCGCUCCUCUUGGCUUCUUGUUUUUGGCUCGGUCGGGCGCGGGCGUGGACGACGCGGUGGCGACGCCCAUGAAUACACCGGUGCGCGUCACGCUCCACGUCACACCGAUGGCGCAAGCGCAGUUGACAGCGCUGCCAACCCAAGGAACGCUGUAUAUGCUGCCAACGACAUCGCAACUGCUGUUUGACGGGACGACUGCGGUGGCCAUUUCGAGUGCGCCGAUCACGAUUCCGUCGUCGACGAGCCUCUUCUACGCGCCGCCGCAUAAUGUCUUUGGAAGCCGUGUGGCGACCCUCUCGUAUAUUGCGGUUCGUGGCGGGGACCACAGCGCGUCGAUGACCUUGCAACUCGACGUGGUGCAAGGUUGGGUUGCACCGACGCUUGGCGUCGGCCCGACGAUGGCGGUGCAGCUCGGUGGCUACCGCUUUGAAGACAUUGACGCCGACGAGUACAUGAGCACGAUCGCCGCGUCAGUUCACAUCAACGCUGUCAGCAGCACCGACCCGUACCUGCGCGUGACACUGCCCACCUCCCCUGUCGCAUCGAGUCUCGUCGCCUCCAACACGACGUCGGCUACGAUCGCACUGCUCGGCGACCCGUCGCUCGUGUCGACGGCUGCGUCGCAGAUCACGAUCGUCCAGACAGGCGCGCUGUCAGCGACGACCUCGAUGCUCCUCGAGAUUGAGGACACGGGCCCUGGCGCCCUUCGCACGAGCCUGGCGCUGCAGUGGACACAAGCCAUUGCAUCCGUGCCCGACGUCGCGUCGAUCUUCCCCACACAAGGCUACACGAGCGGUGGCGCGCUACUCAGCGUGACAGGCGCCGCGUUCCAGCUCUCCCUUGCGUACACGUGCAUCUUUGGCAACAGGUCUGUGCCAGCCCAAGUGGUCUCGGUGGCGCUAUUGCAGUGCCGUGUUCCGCCGUCACCGACAGCGGGUGUCGUUGGCGUGACGGUGGUCCCGACAUCGGCCCCUGUCUUUGCGAGCCGUCCGCUGGCAUUUGUCUAUGGUGUACCGCUUCUGGUGCAAAAUGUGGGUCCUGGACGUAUUGACCGCCUUGGCGGGACCCAAGUACUCGUAGCCACCAACACGUCUACCUAUACCGAUAUGACUGUCUGGAGCUGUGUCUUUGAUGGUUCCAUUUUGGCACCAGCCGUCGUAUUGACACCGACGCUGGUGGCGUGUCGUAGCCCCAACCUCAUGAAGCUACGGAACGCUGCGGUGGGCUUGGCGCUCUCACCCAACCAAGGCGCAGACGCGACACUCGUGGACGUGCCGCUCGAGAUCGUGGCAGCACCGAUGCUUGCUUGGCUGGAGCCGCGAUGGGGACGUCGGGACGUACUUAACAACAUCACACUGCACGGCACCCACUUUGCGCCCACGAGUCACUGCUACGUCAACGGUGCAGUUGCCGCCUCGACGUUUGUGUCUGCAACCGAGCUACGCUGCGCCGUACCGCCGACCGCCGUCCGACAGACGGUAUCGAUCGCUAUUGGAGAUACCCGCUCCCCGAUUGAAGCGCAAACUUUGUCGUUCGACGCUUAUGACGAUGCGCAACUCACAGCGGCUUGGCCCUCUGAAGGUCCGUUGACCGGCGGCGUCAACGUGACGGUCUCUGGCACAAAUUUCCAAAACGUCUCGUCGCUCCAGUGCUGGUUUGGCGGUCACGUCCGGAGUCUUGCACGGUUUGUGUCGCCCACGUUGCUGCAAUGCACAAUGCCCGAUCUGUUGGCCAUCGCGGCCAUCGGCGACGCUGUCCCGCUCAGCGUCAGCAUCAACGGCAUCGACGACUCGAGUACGUCGGUCGCGCUGCUUGUGUACGCCGCGCCGAGCGUCACCGGCAUCUACCCUGCCUUCGGAGCAACGUCAGGCGGCACACUCGUGUCUGUCGUUGGCAGUCGCUUUGUCUCGACACCGCGUCUCGAAUGCCGCUUCACGGCCACGGCCACUGGCACUCUGGUGGUGACACCGGCCGUUUGCAUCUAUGCCAGCAUGGUGCAGUGCACGGCGCCGCCCGUGGCGACAGCGGGAACCUACGGUCUCGCACUGUCUCUCAAUGGACAAGACGUCUAUACUACGGACGCAGCUCUUUUCACAUACUACGCUGCUGCUGGCGUCACAUCGCUGACACCGGCGCUGGGUUCGACUCUUGGUGGGACAACUGUUGUUGUGACGGGUGGUCCGUACCUUCCGACAACACCGACGCGCUGCUACUUUGGGUCGGCCUCCGUCCUUGCUUUGUGGCAAAGCCCGAUGCAGCUCGAAUGCACAACGCCGGCGCAGACGACACCAGGCGCCGUUGCGUUCUUUGUCGCUUCCAACGGUAUCGAUGCAGACGCGACGUUAACGUUCACGUACUUUGCACCGGUGCAACUGCUGGCCGCGUCGCCGAGCCUGGUGACCAACAGCUUUUUCGGCUCAAUUGCACUCUCGGGCGUAUUUCCGCUGGGGCUUGGUCCGAUGUCGUGCUUGUCCAACUCGACCUCGAUGGCUGCAACGGUGCUCAACGCGUCGACACUGAUGUGCGGGCCCGCUCUGUGGUCGCAGACGACGUCGCUUGCGGUUGUUGUCGGUGCCGACCGCAGUGCAACCUCUGUCACGGUCUUUGCGUAUCCUGCAUUACGAAUCGCUGCCGUGGACCCGGUGCUUGUCCCCGUCGGCACCAAUGCAACGCAAGUGACCGUGACAGGCGACCACUUUGAGCCACUGGCGUCGCUCACUUGUCUUUGGAAUGACUCGGUUGCCACGCCAGGAACAUAUGUGUCCUCGACCCAAGCCAUCUGCGACAUGGAUCUGCGCACCACCGGGACCGUUGGCGCAGUGACGCUCGCCAUGUCGCUGGGUCUUGCCUCGAACGCCUCCAACACGACAACAGUAUACGUGUAUGCACCGCCCUCGAUCGCAACCAUCGCACCUCGCCACGGCCACGCCGGAACUGUCGUGCUUGUGACGCUCUCGCCGGCGCUACCACCGACAUCAUUUGGGCCACUGCGCUGCCUCUUUGAUGGUGUCGCUUUUGCGGGGCGGCUGUUGAACACAACGGCCGUGUCGUGCACGGCGCCGACACGCUCCGUCAGUGUCUAUGCCACGACCGUCCUUCUCUCGGUGCAGAUCGACGGUAUCCAGGUGCACUCGGGUGCGGCAACGUUCACGUUUGACGGCUCGGUCCCAGUGGCGUCCAUGUACCCGACGAUUCUUGAUACCUCGGAUGCAACCAUCGUGUUUGCAACGGCAGCACCACUGCCGCCUGCGUCGGUCGUUCAAAGCCGAUUCGAGCCCAGUGGCACUGUUGUCGACUGCGAAAUGCUGGGCUUUUCGUAUGUGAGCUGCGCCGCUCCCCACGGACAUCCGAACGACUCGAUUGCAGUGGCGUUGGCGCUCAACGGUCAAGCGUUUGUGCCGGUCCGAGCCGGCAACCUCACGUUCGCCCCAUCGACCAGCACACCACGUGUGGUCAUGUACCCUGUCACCGCCGUGGCGUACGCGCCGACGACGCUCACGUUUUCGGGCCUCUUUGAUACGACGGCGUCGUAUCGGUGCGCAUCUGAUGACGCGUCAUGGUACACUGCCAACGUUGUGUCGCCGACGCUUCUCCAGUGCACCGUCGCGCCACCGACCAUCCUUGCUGCCAACGUGACGUGGCAGCUCCAACGCGACGCCAAGAGCCUGGGUCGCUUUCCGAUAACAUACAUUCCGAGCCCGGUUGUCGCUCAGCUUGUGCCGUCCGCGAUCGAGCAGCUCAGUCCCCGAGCCGAGUUUGCGAUCGUCGGUCGCAACUUGACAGCUGUCGGCUUUACGUGCGCCCUCCAAGUGCCGGAUGGUGGCCUCGUUAUCGCCGACGCCGCCACCGUUAUCAACGCAACCUACGCUCUCUGCACCUUUGGAUCCGUGGCAUCGGCGUCUGUCGGAAGUGUUUGGGCCCUCUUGACGUCGAAUGACAAUGGUCUCGCAUGGCUCAAAUCGAAGGCGACGCUGACGAUCGCAGCGGCGGUACAACUCGAGUCUAUGAGCCCCAAGACGACGACGAUCGGCUCUACGGCCGUUGUUUCGGUCCUCGGGUUUGGUUUCAGUGAAGCAAUGUGGUGCAUCCUGGACGCAACCACCGUCGUGCCCGCCGUUGUCCUCGGCGCGACGCGCUUGACGUGCACUGUGCACAUCAACCAGACGUCGACCUCGGUUGCACUGAGCGUCAACGGCGUCGACGCUGCCACGCGCAGCAUUACGCUCACGGCAGUGUCGCCGUUGCUCGUGCUUUCGUUUUCUCCGUUGCGCGGUCCCGACGACGGCGGCUCGCAGCUCGCGAUCGUCGUUGCUCCUCUGGAUCCAUCAUGCGUGUACUAUUGCCACAUUGGAGAGAGCAUUUCGGAGGCCAGAAUUUAUCGCGGCAGCGUCACGUGCCCCUCACCAGCAUUUCGACCGCCCAACACGACCGUCCGCGUCGGCGUCUCGCUCGACAACCAAACGGUCGCGUACGCUUCUGCAGUGUUUACCUACUUCCCGCGCAGCACGCUCGCCCACGUCGUCCCAAACGUCGUUCCUCGGGAUGGCAAUGCCUCAAUGUUAGUCACAGGUACCAAUUUCCAAGACGGUGAUGUGGUCUGCAAGCUGGGGUCGAUGAUCGUGCCAACACUUUACGUCAACGCUACCGCUUUGCACCUCGUCAGUCUGCCCCAGGCGACGGCGGGCGCGCUCUCUGUGGCAUGCUCGUUCAACGGCGGCGUUGACUACGCCGUCGCCCCCGUGCUCGUAUCGUUUGAAGAUCCAUGGACUAUCCUGUCGAUUGACCCCAAGCGCGGGUUUGCCUCGGGCGGUGCACCGUUGACGUUGACGGUGUCGACGGCACUCCCCGACGCGUCCGACAUACAGUGUGUGUUUACAGGCGCUGCCUCGGGCACAUAUGCAGCUACGCUUCUCACGGCAACCACGUGCACGUGCACGACGCCUUCGACCAAGUCCGCCGGCGCUGCGUACGUGCACCUGGCGUACGCCGGGAUGCAAACCGCACCCGUUUUGAUCACUUAUGACCCGACCCCGACGCUGCUUGCGCUCUACCCGUCGCAAGGCUCGGAGCUCGGCGGCUACGCCAUCUUCAUCUCGGGUGUCGCGUUACCGCAAUCGCCGCGCUUGACGUGUAUUUUUGAUGCCACGCUUUUGGUCCCGGCAACGUGGUUCGGAAGUGACACGAUCCUGUGCGAGGCGCCGCCCCAUGCACCGGGCAACACUACCGUCCGCGUCUCUACCAACGGCGGUCUCGAAGCGUCAUUGGCGUCGCUUUCGUUCGAGUACACAGUGCAGCCGACGGUCACGGCCAUGGCCCCGGCCAGUGGGCCGUCGACGGGCGGGAACGCGGUGACGAUCUAUGGUACAGGGUUCGCCAACACGUCGGCGCUACUGUGCUUUUUCGCCUCGGAACCGGCGACCGCUGUGCUGUACAUUGACGCGACUACCGUCAUCUGCACCGCCCCACCGGUGCUGCAAAACGCAUCCGUGACCGUCGCCGUUGUCGCUUCGACGACGGGCGACGCCGUGUCGUGCGGACCGCUGUGUACGUACACGUACCAUGCGCCACUGCUCGUUACUUCCAUUGCGCCAAAGUACGGACCGUCGUCUGGCGAGACGGCCGUUGUAGUGACGGGACGAAAUUUUCGCGCAUCGGUGCGCUAUACAUGCGCGUUCCAGCUGGAUGCUUCGACAGCUCCGAUGCAUGUACCGGCGUCGUAUCACAGUCCCACGGAGCUGCAGUGUUGGACGCCACGACUCCCGUAUUUGCUUCGAGAUCUCGUCUUUGCGACGAUCGCCAUUGCCGAGACAGGCAUUGCGCAAACCGACGCCACCGAGUUUGGCUUUUACCCCGAGGCGCAACUGACGUCUGUAUCACCGGGUCUCGGCACAGAGCUCGGCGGCACAGUGCUGACGCUCGCUGGGUCCAACUUUGUGGCGCUACCGAGCGCGGCGUGCGAUUUCGGCGCCGGUGGCAUUUCGCCGGCGCGCGUGCUGUCCCCGACGCUUUUACAGUGCGUCGCGCCGCAGCAUGUACCCGGUCCCGUGCUCCUGGCUGUGUGCCUCAACGGCCAGCAGUGCACCAAGACACGGCUUUACUAUGAGUUUUACCCGGCCAUGGAUCUCACGCAGCUGGUGCCAUCUCGAGGCUCGGCGCGCGGUCGGACCAGCGUCCUCGUGAUCGCAGCGGCGCCCCUUGUGACGGUGGCGUCGUUCGUUUUUUGCUGGUUUGAUUUGCAAGACACGCGCGUCGCGACGGUGCGUGCGACGGUGGUCACUGCGACAACGGUGCAAUGUCUUUCACCUCCGAUGCCCGACGCCAGUCGCGUCACCAUCACGCUCUCUCUCAACGGCUACGAGGCCGCGACGACCGCGCUACCGUUUGUCUAUACCCAGCAGAUCGACAUUGCCGACGUAUCGCCGACAACGGGUCCCUCCACGGGCGGGACACGGGUGGCUGUCACUGGGUACAAUGUGAACCUGACGUCGUCGUACUUUUGUCAUUGGGGCGCGUCGUUCGUGGAGCCUGCCCACGCCGUGUCGACGUCGACAAUUAUUUGCGUCGCACCGCCGGCAGCGCUCUCUCCGACAGUGACGCUCGGCAUCAGUGACAACGGCGUCGAUGUGGCUCUUGCGCCGUCGCUUUUUCGGUAUGUACUGCCGAUGGCCUUGAUGUCGCUCACGCCACGCCGCGGACCCGAGACGGGCAAUUUUUUCGUGACGAUUAUGGGGUCCGGGUUCGAGCCUUCGGUCGUGUGCCGCGUCGGCGCCCGCCCGGCGGCACCCGCACAGUGGCUCUCGUCGACAUCAAUCAUGUGCUGGAUGCCCCCGAAUGCCCCCGGCACCGUCGCCGUCGCGGUGGCCAACAACGCGGUCGAUUUUUCAGUCGUUUACUUUGGCUACAGUGCAUCUCCCGUCGCGUCGGCGAUGGUUCCGGCGCGAAUCCUUUCGUCGGGCGGGAGCCUCACGGUCCUUGGGGCACAUUUUUGGAACGUAACGACGUGGCGCUGUGCUGUCGACGGCGCCGCCUCGCGCGAUGCCAUAUUUCUGAAUGCUUCGGCGCUUGGAUGUGGGUUUGCUACGCUUUCUCCAGGCACGUCGGUGUUGCGCCUGUUUGAAACGACCACCGGUGUCUCGGUGACGGUGCCGCAGUCUCUGGUCGUCGUCGUGCCACCGCAUAUUGCUCGAGCGGUUCCUUACCUCUUGCCAGCCAACACCAGCACGAUGGUGACGCUCUACGGCACGGACUAUUCUUAUAUGCACGUUUGCCAAGCCAGCGAUGGUACUUACCUCUCGACGCAGUUCUUGGGGGUGACGGAGGUGCGCUGUCGCGUCGAUACAGCGACGAUGAGUCUCUCGUUGUCCGACUUGGAACUGGAAGCCGCGCUCUCGAGCACCGCGCUGAGCUACUACGAGCCAUACGACAUCAUUGCCGCAUCCCCACCGUUUGGGAGCUCAGACGGCGGCACAUUGGUGGUCAUCACGAUUGCGCCGGCGUUGUUUGACAGUGCAUGGCCCAUGACGUGCCAGUUUGGCGCUGUGGCUACACCAGCAACGUACCUCAAUGCGUCGGCUGUUGGCUGCUUCUCGCCCGAGGUCUCAAGCCCCCGAAAGGUGCAGCUUUCGGUCAGCCUCAACAGUGUCCACUACCCCCGCCCGAUCGACUUCGAGUAUUUGGACGCCGUCGUCAUCGAUGACGUGACGCCGGCGCUGGCAAUGACGCUGGGUGGGACGAGGAUCACGCUCACGGGUCGUCAUUUUGUGCCUGGCGCGCAGUGUGUGUUGAACCAGUCGAUGGUACCGAGUACGGUGCUGUCGUCGACGCAGGCCUUCUGCAAGGUCCCACCUGCGACACACGCCGGACCUCUCACCGUGACGUUGUCCAACAAUGGCGUGGACGUUCCCGGCUCGGUGGCAGUCCUUACGAUGUACGCCCCGCCAACAAUACUGUCGGUGGCACCGCGAAUGGGAUCUACGACGGGUGGCACCCGCAUCCGCGUCGUCACACAGUCGCCAAUAAACUUGAACGUGGCGCUGCCGACCUGUCAAGUCGGCAACGCAACGGCGUCCGCCACAAUCAUCAACGCCACGUGCUUGGAGUGCGUGUCGGCAGUGAGCGCCGAUGCCACGACUGUCCCGUUCCAGAUAGCUUUUGUCGGCGAUGAUUUUGUCGAUCUUGGAAGGUUCGAGUACGUCUGGCCGCUGAAUGUGUCGGUUGUCGAGCCGAUGCUAAGCACUGAAGUGGGCGGUGGCACGGUGACGGUUGCAACACUCGACCCAGCGUUCUCGACGAUGACCGCUGUCAUGUGUCGUUUUGGCAGUCGGGCGCCAGUAGGCGCGGUCGUUUCGUCGCCACGCAGCGUCUCGUGUCCUGCUCCAGCGCACGCCCCGGGGGUCGUUGAACUCACCAUCACCCGCAACGGAAUCGACUUUGAGCUGGCCACAACAUCGUUCGUGUACUUGCCGGUACAGACAAGCUCGGGCAUCAUGCCGGUCGCGGGACCGGCGUCGGGCAAUACGACGGUAUCUGUCUUUGGCUCGAGCUUUUCUGCCUGCGCCGCGCUCCAGUGUCGUUUUGGCACAAAAACAGUCGCGGCGACGCUCCUUGCGUCGACGCAGGUCGUGUGUCGCACGCCGUCGGUGGCGGCACCGAUCGUGACGAGCGUCACCGUGGCAUGUGGAUCCGUCGACCUCGUGACGCUGCCGGAUGCUUUCAAGUUCUAUGCAUCGCCCGUUGUGUAUCGCACGACACCGUUGCUCGUGCCGUCGUCCGGUGGCAGUCGACUGGUGCUGCAAGGUCGCUUCGACGCACCCAGCAUCGUCUGUCGGUUUGGUGCGUCGGCCAUCGUAACGGGUGUUGUUGUCAAUGCUACGGUGGUUAUUUGCAUGACGCCCCCGCUCGCGCCGGGUGUCGUCACCGUUGAGGUCUCGAGCAACGAGUACGACUACACCUAUGGACCGCAAGCUCUACGCGUGCAUUCGCCAGUGGUGCUCCAGAGCGUCUCCCCAACAGAUGUGCAUGCCGGCUCGAACACGACCGUGAUGGUGCACGGAGUCGGGUUCCUUGAUGUGCCGACGCUUCGGUGCCGAUUCGGAGCUUUACCAGCAACGCCAGCUCGGUUUCUCUCGAAACAGACCAUUGUAUGCAUCGUACCACCCGUCGCACGGCAAACCGUCGUCGACGUGUCGGUGGCCAACAACGGUGUCGACUUUGGCGACGGCGCUGGCAUUCGUGUGCAUUUCCAUGAUCCUCCAACGUUGAUGUCCGUGGCGCCGACGUCGGGGCCCACGUCGGGUGCGUCGAUUCUGACGCUAACGGGAGCGGGGUUCUUGCCGUCAACGUCACUAGCGUGUACGUUUACUUCUGGGUUGGCGACGCCGGCGGUAUUUGUUUCGGCCACGCAAGUCGUGUGCGCGACGCCGGCCGUGGACGCACCACUCACAACGCGCAUCCAGGUGCGAUAUGUUAACACCAACGUCACGACUGCAGCAAGUGUCGCUUUCACAUACCAGUCGACCAUCACAGUCACAAGCGUCAUGCCCACCACGAUUUUUUCGGGUGGCACUCCCAGCUCGUUGGUCAUGACCGGCUUCAACUUUGACUCAAGGUCGGCGCUGCAGUGCGUGCUCUCAAUCAAUGGGACCGAGCGUCACUGGCCGGCGGUGGUCGAAUCUUCUACGACGCUGCGCUGCCACGGCAACGUCGUCGCGCCUGGCAUGUACCAGUUGCACGUCACGGGUACACGUGUGGCGACGACGGGCCGCACUUGGUUUGUCCAUGCCCGCGCAAUGGCGACGGUGUCUGACGUGCACCCUCUUCAGAGCUUGGAGGGCGGUGGCACGCGCGUACUGGUGUCGGGCAGCAGUUUUUCGGUCCUCGACGCCUUCGCCUGUCGCUUUGGCCCAACGUCCGUACCAGCCACCGUGACGUCGUCGACGCAACUCGAGUGUGUGGCGCCACCGAUGGGACCCCAUCACAACGUCCUUUUCGCGGUUCUCCAAGCCGAUCAGUCGCUGGCUUUUGCACCUGUCACGUUUGCGUACGUCGUGGCGCCCAGUGUCGUGCGACUGGAUGCAUCGAUACUGGCUUCAAGACGACCGACCCAGGUGUUUAUGGACGGUGCCAACUUUGUGUCGGGGCUCGAUUGCCUCUGGGUUGGACUCGAUGCAGUGCGCGCGGCGCCAGCGACAGUGCUUUCGUCGACACGGCUCAUGUGCCCUAUCAACGUUGACGCUCCAGGCAGUGCUCGGCUGCUCUUGCAGCUACACGGCGUUGCUGUCGACACCAACACGACGAUUCAGGUCGUCGAUGUCCCCACGGUUACGGCGGUAGCCCCAAGAUUUGGCCGUCCCGGGUCACGCCUCACGAUUACGGGCUUGGGCUUCGCGGCGGGCCCCAACCUGGGCUGCCAUAUCGGAGGCGCGUUUGUCGCCGCCAUCUACAUUUCGUCGACCCAAGUGAUGUGUACGGUGCCGACCACAUACAAUGCACCACAAGCGUCGGUGACCGUGACCAACAUUGGCAGCGACGUUAGCAAUAGCGUACUGCUGACGUACGUCGAGUCGGCAGUCCCCAUGAGUAUUGACCCACCGUUUGGCUCAGUGGCUGGCGGGACCUUGGUUACGAUUCCUCUUGCCGGCUCCAUGCUGUGGCCCAUGGAUCUUUUGUGCCGAUUUGGUGCCGUGGCAGUCCCUGCAACGGUCAUCAACGCGUCGAUGGUGCGGUGCAUGACGCCGCUAAACCAACGCCCGGGCGUCGUCGACGUGACUCUCUUGGUGGCGUUGGACAACUCUUUGCUUUCAGUCGAGACACGCCCGUUGCGGUUUGGCUACAUGGAAGAUAUUGCGAUCGUGACCGUAGCGCCAGCGUUCGGGUCGCUGUCAGGAAACACGCUCGUGUCCGUCGUAACUUCGGCCGUCGACCUGGACCUGCUCGACUCCCACCGGCUUUUGUGCGGCUUUGGCUCGGUUCGUGUCCCGGCAUGGCGCACAAGUCGGUCGACGCUGGAGUGUGUGACACCACCAGCGGUUAUGGAAGGUGCUGUGGCUCUCACCGUCAGUGUCAACGGUAUCGACUUCAGCUCGAACGCAGUUUCCUUUACAUACCAAGCAUCACUCACGGUGACGUCGGUAGUUCCCAACACGGGAAGUGUCCUUGGUGGCACGCUAUUGCGAUUUCUCGGUGCCAACUUGGACAGGAUGAGCCCGGCAUCGGCGGCUUGUCGCUUUGCAGACGCGGCGACGGAAGCAAUUUUCGUCGUUGCAACGAUCGUAUCCGCUCAGGAAGCUCACUGCGUGGCACCGGCAUGGGCCGUCGAGACGUAUACUACCGUGGUUCUUACGGACGCCGUGCUCACAUCGAAUUCGGUUGGUUUCGAGUACCAAGCGCCGAUCACGAUCGCGUCGGUGGAGCCUGCUGUCGUCAGCGAGGCAGGCGGUCUGUCGAUGCUUGUCAUAGGAGAUUCCUUUCGAGCAGACUCGGCUCUCUGCUGUAUCUUUGGAUCUAUCCGCGUGCCAGCAACUUGGCGUUCGUCACGCUUGCUGCAGUGCACGAGCCCGCGCCAUGUUCCAGGACCGCUGACGUUGGCCGUGUCAGCCAAUGGCAUCGAUAUUUCCAACGCGUUAGCACUGCGUGUGACAGCGCAGCCCUCGAUCACCGAUGUCGAGCCGUCGCACGGCUUUGUCUCUGCACCAACCUCGAUUCGUGUUUUGGGCACUGGCUUUGAUGCAACGGUGGCGUGGCAGUGCGUCGUUGGGGACAGUGUCGUCACUGCGACGGUAGUUGAUCGUAACACUUUGGCGUGUGUGGCGCCGCACCCGACGGCAGCGUACUCGGCAGUCGUGUCAGUGUCGGUCGCAACGGCGACAGGUAUCACUGUGCCAGAAAGCCUUCCGUUCUACUACGAUGUGGUCGUCAACGCAACGACGGCAGCGCCGGCAAGCGGACCGACCACCGGUGGCACCUCUGUCAUUUUGUCGGGCGUCUUUGUCAAUGCGGAGGAGAGCCUCCGUUGCAUCUUUGGUGACUCGGAAACCCAAGCAACGAUUCUGAGCUCGUCGACUGUCGAGUGUAUUUCACCGUCGACGUCGUCGCCAAGGGUUGUGCCGUUGUUGUUGCAAGUCGCCGGCCAGCGCCCAACGCCGACGGGGUUUACGUUUGUGUAUUACCCGCCUCCAAGUGUGAGCGCCGUGGCGCCAGCCGUGGUUCUUGGACCGACGCUCAUUGAAGUGACGGGUGCCAACUUUAGUUUGAGCUCCGUAUGCCGGUUUGGUCGCGACACAAUAGUGUCAGCACGCUUUGUCACGAUGACGUUGCUGCAGUGUGCGGCACCGGCGCAUGCCCCGGGGCUCACGGCGGUCGAUGUCAGCAACAACGGUGUGGACUUUAGCGUCAGUGGCUUGACGGUGCUGUACGAACCCGAAGUUGCAAUCACCGCCGUUCGCCCGGCAUCGGUUCUGACGACCGGUGGCAAGACGCUCACCAUCACCGGCAUCGGCUUUGCGUCCCAACUCACGCUCUUCUGCAUGUUUGACGACCACGGGCGCUCGAUUUUGCAGGCAGCGGUGGUUCUCAAUGCCACGACCUGUACCUGCGUGACGCCGCCUCUCGCGCUGGGCGUGAUUCCGCUCUCGCUGACCACGACGCAGCAAGACUUUACGUCCAAUCACGUGUCACUGACGUCCGUGGCAGUACCGGAGCUCUUGCGCCUCACGCCAACGCACGGGACGAUCGCAGGAGGAACGCAGCUCGUUCUGUACGGCAUCAACUGGUUUGUCGAUCCAACCGCGUCGAUGGCGUGCUGUUUCAAUACCAGCGCUUGCGUCCCGGCGUAUCUGGAGCCGUCCACGAGCAGUGUACGAUGCACAACGCCCGUGUUCAAUGCUACAAGUCGCGUCUCAGUCGACGUCGUUGUCGACGACGUUCGGCCUCGGUUUCCGCUGGCAUUCUUUGUCGACGCAGAAGUCUCAGUAGAGUCCAUGGUGCCGAAGCAUGCGCGGGAAAUGGCGGGUACGGUCCUCACGCUGACUGGCGGCAACUUCUUCGACACCCCGGAGCUGGCGUGCGUCGUCGGCGAGGUGCGCCUGCCCGCACGAUUCUUUAGCACGUCUGCGAUCGCAUGUACACUCCCGCGGCUGUUGCCGGGCAGCGUACGUGUUGCAGUGACCACGAACGGCGUCGAUGUUGUGUCAGCCCCGAUGGCGCUGGUGGUGGACCCCGUCACGACGUCGAUUCACACCAUCUCGCCAACGUCGGGCCCGAUCCAUGGCAAUACGCUAGUGAUACUUCUUCACAACCUUCCACUGGCAGUCUCGUCGGUCAUGUACUGCGCGUUCGGCGCCACGCAUGUCCCAGCAACCACCGUCAACAGGUCGGCGCUAACGUGCUUGACGCCGCCGUCCCCAACUGUCACGGCGGUCAACGUGUCUCUGGUCGAGCGUACGACGUCACUUGGGUCGUCCAUCGUGUACGACGACUUUGACGGCAUGUUUGUGUACGCUGCGUGGCCAACAGUGCAGCGUAUUGCGCCAUCGUCGGGCACCGCGGCGUCCAUAGUGUCGGUGACAGGCUCAGGGUUUACGUCCGCGUCUGAGAUUCGAUUUGGUGACGCGGGUGCGUCGCGCUGUGAUGUAUGGACGCCAACGACCUGCACGGUCCGUGUGCCGGCCCCUGAUGGCGACAACGGAGGUCCAGUGCUUGUCGCCGCUUCCAACAACGGCGUCGACUUUGCGUCGUCCACGGCGCUGUUUCUGUAUAUGCCCGAGGUUGUCGUGACGUCGGUGUCGCCCUCGGUUUUGCGGUCGGCGGCAUUGGUGACGGUGCGCGGCGCCAACUUUGACUCGACAUUUGCAUCGGCGCUUGUGUGUCGAAUUCAUACCGUGCACGUGCCGGCGACCGUGGUUGCGCCAGACGAGGUGCAGUGUGUCGCACCUGCAUUACGCAGUGGCAACUACUCUGUCGAUGUCUCUAUCAACGGCGUCGACUUUACCAAAAGCCACGUGCUGCUCGAGUACAAGGAGCCACUUGUCUGGACAUCGAUUCAUCCGCGUUUUGGGUCCACCGAAGGCAACACUGUUGUGACGCUGACAACAAGCUCGACUGUUUCGGAAACGGACGUUCUCUCGGCCUAUUGCGCGUUCAACACGACCGUCGUUCCUGCGACGCUGGUCAAUGCGUCGACUGUGACGUGCACGGCACCACCCACCCCGAUGCCGGGCCCUAUGACACUGCACCUCGUACAGUACGAUACGUCCCACCAAAUGACGUUGGAGAAUGUACUGUCGCGGCCAUUGGAUGCAGCGCCCGGCGUCUACACCUACGUUGCACCGAUGCGCGUCACGGCAAUAUCGCCCACCCGCGGUUGGCGCUCGGGUGGCAGCGUUGUCACCGUUCUUGGCGCCAACUUUGCACCGUCGCCGUCGCUCGGGUGCUUCUUUGGGCCAUUGUUUGUGCCUGCCACCUUCGUGUCCCCCACAGUACUUCGGUGCACGUCGCCAGCACCAGAAAGCACUGCCACCGACUAUCUCGUCGCGAUCACGGCCAACGCCGUGGACGUGCUCGCAACACACAUUGCGUUCCACUACCAGCCAGACAUUGUCGUGGCGUCGAUAACGCCGGCGAAGGCGUCCCUUGCGGGUGGUGGCACCGUUCAGAUCCACGGGGCAGCCUUUGAUGCGCUUUCAAACGUGAGCUGCGUCUUCAAUACCGUUGCAGUGCCCGCAACGGUGGUUGCCCCAACGAGGAUUGUGUGCACGGUGCCACCCGCUACUCGCGAGACGACCGUUCAAGUCGGUCUUGGCAUCAACGAGGCGGAUGUUUUCCCCGCCACCUUGGCAUUCGAGUAUAAGCAAGCGGCGAUCGUCCAUAGUCUCUCGCCGCGCACUGGGCCGCACCGGGGCAACACAACCGUGUCGGUGCAAGGCGACGGCUUUGCGCCAGGGAUGGUGUGCUUCUUCGGUCUGCGGUAUGUGCUUGCAACGGUUCUCUCGUCGACCAAGCUCGCUUGUGUCACACCCGCCGUCGACUUCAACACGACAGCAGUUGUUUUCGGCGUCGACGCUGUGACGGCGGACGCUACCGUCGUCGGUAUCGGAGACACGGAUGCACUGACGUUUUACUACACGGUACUGCCUACGAUCUCACAACUGGUUCCUGCUGCCGGACCGACGACUGGAGGCACCAGCGUGGUGUUGACCGUACCCGACGGCCUCGGCUAUCUGGACAUGAUCGACUGCAAAUUCUGCGACAUAAUUGUUACUGGGACUUUUCAGGGACCGACGACGGUAGCGUGCACGGCCCCCGCCGUCGCCGCGCCGCGCACGUGUCCGCUGACGCUGUCAACGAACCACCUCGAUUUUGGUGACGAAAUCUGGGCCUUUGCCUACUACAUGUCGCCGCAACUGACAUCGGUGUUCCCAGCACGUGGGCCCAGCAACAGCUAUACGAAUGUGACACUCUUUGGGGCCAACUUUGUCGACGGUGGAACGCCCCAGUGUAAAAUCGGCGGCAAAACGAUACCUGCGACGCUCGAGUCGGACUCGCAGCUGCGCUGCCUCGUGCCACCAGGUGUCACACAAGCCGAUAUUCAGCAAGUGCAGAUCCAAGGCCCACCGUUGGCGCCAACCGUUCAAGUCGUCACAACGACGGCCGCGCCCGCGACCAACGAAGUCCAAGUGGUCACAACGUCGGCCUGGGCUAACGGGCCGCAGGUCCAAGCCAUUGCUGCGACGCUGCCGGCUGCUCAAAUGGAAGUGUACGAAAUCACAACGAGCAGUGCGUAUCAGCCGACGGUUCAAAUGCUCACGUUCACAACGACGCCGAUACUACCCGAGGUGCACACUGUCAUGACAACAGGAGCGUCAACCGUCGGCGGGUCAUUUACGAUCAACGUCUUGGGCUUCAACGUCGUCGUUGGCGCGAGUGAUUCGGCGUCUACCGUCCAGCAAAACCUUGUCGCGGCGACGCUCGGUUCCCACGGUUGCUCGGUCGCGCGCUCGUCCGGUGCGCUCAACACGUAUACGUGGACAAUCACAUUUACAACCGACGCGGGGACGUUGGCUCUGACGCGACUCGUGUCGACGAGCGCCCUCACCGGCACCAGUGCGUCCGUGGUCGUGGCGCGCGUUCGCGCUGGCACCGUCAUGGAAGUGCAAACCAUUUGCAUCUACGGCGCCGUCUUCUCGGGCUCUCUCGCUACGAUCGAUGUGUCGCUCCAGGGACAAGUGGUUGCCAGCCAAAUUAGUGUUCUUGCAAGCGCUACGUCCAUGGCAUCGGCGCUCAAUGCCCUCGGUGCUCUCGGCGUUGUGACUGUGUCGCUGCAAACCAGCACGUAUACUGACGUCAGCGGCGCCGUCUACGAGCGGUUUCAAUGGGCCGUCACGUGCACGUCACGCAGCCAGUUUGGUGGACGCCUUCAAGUACAACUGUACAACAGCGUGGGGCUCGCGUUUGUUGAGACGACCGUCGUCGGCACCACGCCCCGUAGCAUGGGCACAUUUCAGCUUGGCCUUGGUGCUUCGACGACGUCGGCACUGGCGUGGGAUGUAUCAACGUCAGCUCUGGAGCUUGCACUCGGGGCGCUAACCGGCGUUGAUGUCGCCAUGGUGACGGAGGACAGCGUCCUACUUGCACCGGCAGCCACGCGCACGCUGCGUAUCACAUUUUCCCCCAAGAGCGGCAACAUUGCUACGCUCGGCGUACAGACAAGUACAACAACAGGCAUGUACGGCGACUCGUCGAGUACGCUUUCGACCGGCCUUGCAGCGUCGAUUCAGCGCAUCAUGACUGGCGCGUACCUUGGCGGGACGUUUCAAGUCACCGUGCCCAGUUCGGGCAGCUGGACGACGGUACCAGUGACUGCUCCGUGCUCAACACUUGCAUUGGCCUUGAGCGCGUUGGCCUGCUCGGUGCAGGGUCCCGGCGUGAGCGGAGAGCUUCGCUGGCGCGUGACGUUUGCGAAUCCGGUUGCAAAUGCUAUCAGCGUGCUCAGCACCGGCAUGACGGGAGCUUCGCCCAAUGUACAAGUGACGGCCCACGUCCCGGCCGGUGUUGCGAGCGUGCACACGAUCAGCGUGACCAACCAGCACAUUCCAACGAUCCAGCAGCUACAAGUGUCGGGCGCCGCCGUUGUUUGGGAGGUGCAAACCGUGACGCUGGUCGCGCAAGGUCCGAUACGCGGCGUGUGGGCUCUGCGUUACGGGUCCGAAUCAUCGGGCAAUCUCACGGCGACGGCUAAUAGCUCGGACGUUCAAGUCGCUUUCCGCAGCAUCUCAAUGCUCCAAGCCGUGUCGGUAUCACGCACUGCUGUGACCGUUGGCGCCACCACGGGCUACGUCUGGAGCAUUACGUUUUCUGAUGUCGGGGACAUGGCGCCAUUGAGCGUCGUCUCGAACGUCUACGGCUCGGCCUUGUCUCUUCAGGUCACGGAGCUCACCAAUGGUGUGCCGUGCGAGGUGCAGAACGUGGUCGUCUCGGCGACCCAAAGUCCGUUUGUGCUUGGUACCUUCCGCCUCGGUUUUCGAGGGCAGUACACUGAGGUUUUGGCGGUCUCGGCCAGUGCUAGCCAAGUACAAAACGCGCUGGCGGCGGUUGCUACGCUUGGUGCUGUCUCGGUGCGGCGCCUGCAACCCAACGGCGAAAAUGCGUGGACAUGGCGGAUCAGUUUCCUCAACAACGCCGGCGCUCUUCCGCUCUUGGCAAUCGAUACAAGUGCUGUCGCGGCACCGACGUCCAUUCGCGCAGAACGAUACGAUGGCCAAGUAGCGACGGUGCCCGUCGCAGCGUCAGCAACCGCGCUGGCCACCGCACUCAACGGGCUUUCCACGCUCGGGGCAGGCACCGUCGUCGUCUCGACGGUUCCUGGUGAUUUCACGGGCGGAAACAUCUGGCGCAUCACGUUCACGUCCCUUGGCUUGCGUCCGCUCUUGUCGGUCAGUACGGCCGGCACGCUGGGAACGACUCCGAGUGGCCAAGUCACGACCAGUCAAGUCGGUACGCAGUAUGAUAUUCAAGUCGUGCAGACCGCGGCAACGACGGCGCUCUCUGGGACAUUCUUCCUUGCCUACAACGCUUUGGAGACGCCGGAUCUUGCCUACAAUGCCCUCGCCACGGACGUCGCCUCGGCGCUCAAUGCGCUUCUACCCUCCGGUCAGACCGUCGUUGUCACGCGGACGUCACUGACAAACUAUGGGUUUGCGUGGUCGAUCACGUUCCAGGAGCCAAACAGCGUCGUGCUCGUCGCCGGUGGCGCAGGCACAACGCUUCUCGGGGGCGGUGCCACCAUCUCGGUCGUGCAGAAGCCGCCAUCGCCUUUAACGCCUGUGCAAGGUGGGUUCACCGUCGCGAUUCCGGGCGCAAACAGCGUCUACGUCUCUGCAACGGCGUCGGCGUCGGUCAUGCAAGCAGCCAUUGCCUCGCUUCCAAGCAUCGGCACGGUCAGCGUCGUGCGCACCAGCAACGCCUUUCAAAACGCGUUCACGUGGACCAUUACGUAUCUUCAAAACGCUGGCAAUGUGCCGCUCUUGGCAGUGCAAAGCGCAAAUUUGAGCUCGUCCGGCGCCGUCACCGUGUCGACCGCGUCGAUUCAAGUAGGCACAACUCCGUGCUGCAUGACGGGGUCGUUUCGGGUGGCCUACGGAUCGCCGGCGCGCCGCCUACCGGGAACUCUGAGUGUGAUCCGCGGCUGGCCAAUGGUGGCGACGUCAUAUGAUCUCACGACAGAGCUGCAGCGUGGCGAUGUCGUCGUCAUCAACGGGUACUCGUUCACGGUGGAUGGGUUUCUACCAUUUGAUGCGAGUCGGCUACCGCUGAGCAGUCCUUACCCCGAUGCGUCCAUGGCCAACGCCGUCGGGUACAGGCAGUAUCGUACUCCACCGCUCGAUGUCGGUUCGACGACUGCCGACCGCCUUCAACGCGAGCUUGGCAACCUCCCUGGAAUGCCAACUGUCCAGGUCUCGACGUCGGCCGAGGCGAUCAACAAUGGGUACACGUGGUUUGUGACGUUUUCAGGGGAUAUGAGGACCCUGCCACUUCUUCGCGUGGCAUCGAGUGUGCUUCCGGCGACGGCUUCCGUGGUCGCAAGCGUUGCCACACCCCACACGCAAGGCGAAGUGCGCUUUCUGUAUGUCCAAGCCACGUCGACGAUCUCUGGCGGGUUUCGCAUUCUGCUGGCGUCGGCGACGACACCAUUGCUGCCGUGGAAUGCGUCGGCGGCCACGCUCCAAGCCGCGCUUCAAGCCCCCGGGUUCUUUGCCAGCGUCAACGUCUCGGGCAGUCCUCUCUUUACGACCCCGUACGCGUCCCUUGGCGACGGCUACGGGUGGUACAUCACCUUCGCAUCCGACACGGGCGUGGCCCGAACCAUGACCUUUGACGCGUCCAGUUUAACGACAAGGUACUCGACACCGGCAACGGUCGGCACGAUUCUCGUACAGGCCGGCACGUCCAUCCCGCUGUCGGGCGCUUUUGCGCUGACGUUUGGCGGGUACACGACGUCCAUUUUGGCGUUCGACGCGCCGGCUGCCACCGUGCAAGCUGCACUCAACGCGCUGCCGUCAAUUCCGACGGUGGCCGUGUCGCGGUCGUUGCCAGACCCCAACCAAGGCUACAGUUGGUCGAUCACGUUCAUAAGCGGGCCGACCCACCCGAGUGCGCAGCAACGUGGCUCAUACCCGCUUCUCGCGGCGACGUCGAGCCUCAGUGGCACAUCGGCCAGUAUUGCUGUGGCGCGCCUCGUUCAAGGCUCCUUCUUGGAUGGCACAUUUCGUUUGUCUCUGGGUGCCCAAGUUACUGGGCCAUUGUCGUAUGCAGCACCGGCGGACGUUGUUGAAAGCGCCCUUGCGCAGUUUUCGUGGCUGAGCACUGUCACGGUGAGCCAAAGUGCUAUCAAUGCGGCCGGCGGGUAUUCCUACACCGUCACCUUCGUACCGGUUCCAGGCCGAGUUACGCGCCUUGUCGCUGAUGCCAGCCAGCUCAUCGGAACAAACGCAUCGGUGCAGAUCCAAGUGCUUACGCCUGGCGUGGAUCCGAUAGCGGGGACGUUUGCAUUGAGCUACCUCGGGGCGUCGACGCCCGCACUCUUGCACAACGCGUCGGCGGCGACGGUACAGCAAGCGUUGCAGGCGCUGUCGACCGUCGGACAUGUCGUUGUGACGACUGCGGCAUCAACACCCAACACGGUUACGUGGCGCGUGACGUUUUUGACCGACGGAGCACCGGCCAACCUCGGCAGUCUGCCGUUGUUGGCUCUGUCUACCGACACGAUCACGGGCACGGACGUCGCAUCGAGUGUCACAAAGCUGCAGGCAGGCUGCUGUGGCCUCCAAGUCUCGCUCAAUGGUCAGGACUGGACGCGCGACAUAGUAGCCUAUCGCUACGAUCCCGCCAUGGUAGUUCAAGCAACGUAUCCGACAUCGGGACCGUUGACGGGCGGCACGUCCGUCGUACUCUUGGGUGCCAACUUUGUCAACAAUAGCUUGGAGUGCGCCUUUGGGAGCCAGACGACGGCGGUCGAGUUUAUCAACGCCACGACUGUGGUCUGCGUGGCACCGCCGCAAACGACGCCCCAAUCCGUGUUUGUGCAGCUGCGAAGUGCGCCGUUUGGUAUCGCGGCAUCGGACAACGCCAUGUCGGACUCGGUGGCUCUCUUCUCGUAUUACCCGCCACUGGAGCUGACGAUGGUGUUCCCAACCUCGGUGCCGGUCCUUGGUGGACGUCCGCUGCGUUUGCGCGGCGCCGGCUUUCUCAACCUCUCGACUCUAACGUGCCAGUACACGACGACGAUUCCCGACCUCAACAAAACAACGACAUCGACCGCGGUGGCCGUGUUUGUGUCGUCGACGGAAAUCCUGUGCCCCGCGCCGACUCUCGCGCCGGCGUUUCCAGCGUCGGCGACCGACUGGGCGCACAAAGCUUCGGCGACGACGGUGCUUGCGAUUGCGCUCAAUGCCGCUGAUUUUACGACCCACCCAACGACAAUUGCCUUAUAUCCACAGUCCCUCGCAUCGUCGCUGUCACCACCGCGGGGGCCGCUUACGGGUGGCUCGGUGGUCACGUCGAAGGUGGCGCCCACCCAAUGCGACGGCCCCGUGCUUUGCCAGUUUGGAUCGCACCGACCAACGGCGGCCGUGGCAUGCAAUACGACCACCGUCACUUGUCGUACGCCCCCGCACGUACCACAGCAAGCCGUGUACCAACUGCAAGUGACGUCGAGUACUCUUUUGCCCGAAGUGCAAGUCGUCACUACGUCGGCCGCCUCUGGCGCAACACUUGGCGGUAUGUUCCAGCUGCAGUAUCGGGACUGUACAACGAUGCCGAUCGUGUUUGAUGCUACGGCGCCGAUGCUGCAGUCGCUUCUUGCAGCGUGUCCGUGUGUGGGCGUCAACUCUGUUACGCGCAGCGGGCCGGACGCCCAGCUCGGCUAUGCGUGGACAAUCACGUUUGCUGUCGAGGCUGGCAACGUUCCACCACUGACCGUGUUGACGCUUGCGCUACAAGGCACGGGCGCGACGGCGACAGUGACGACUCAAACCGAGGGUCCUGCAGGCACCAUCGCGGGCGAGGUCCAGCAACUCUCGUUGUCGCAACCGCUGAUUUUAUCCGAAGUGCAACUGCUCCAAGUAGAAUGGGCAGCCACGGUCUACGAGAUCCAGAGCAUCAGUAUCACGGCGUCUGUGGCGUUGGCUGGUACGUUUACGCUUGGGUACGCCACGGGCACGACGGCGGCGCUGCCGUUCAAUGCCGAUGCUACAACGGUACAAGGCGCGCUUCAAGGGCUACCGGGCGUCGGUAAUCUUAACGUGUCGAUGGUCCACGCAACCAAAAUGCGGGGCUAUGUCUGGAGUGUGACGUUUCUAACGUGCGCCGGAAGUCGACCGCUUUUGACCGUCACCAAGUCGGGUCUCACACCAAGCGCUAGCGUCACGGCAAGUGUCUCCAAGGUUGCCACGGGCACGACGCCGAUCAGUGGCACGUUCUCGGUGACGUAUGGCAGUAGUACGACGGCAUCCCUCCCGAUCACGGUGACGUCGACCGCGUUGGCCACCGCCUUGUCCAGUUUGAGCGGUAUGCCAUCUGUGACCGUCACCAAGGUCUUUGCGGUCACCGCAACACGGUGGCAGAUCACGUUUGGUCUUAUGGCGUCAUCAAUGCCACUGCUUAUCACAACGAGCGCCUUGACGGGAAGCGGCGCUGCCGUCACGAUGACGCGACUCGUAGCGGGCGGCACCUUGCUUGGUGGCAGCUUUACACUUGGUCUCAACAGCUUGACGACGGGAGCCAUCCCGAUUGCGGGGGCGUCGGCAACUGCCGUCGCGGCUGCACUGGCUUCGAUUGUGCCGUCGGUCGCGGUUUCAGCAUAUACGAGUCCGUUCAACAACACGUGGAUGCUAACCUUUCCCGCGGCGCUUGGUGACAUUCCGCCAGUGACGCUCAACACGGCCUCUGUCACAGGCACCAAUGUCAUUGGGUCCGUCGCGACAGUGGUGAAUGGCACGUACGCACCUCUGGGCGGCACCUUUCAACUGCAGUUGGGCAGUGCCACAACCUCGGGCAUUGCGCCGACGGCCACCGCAGCGUUGUUUCAAACUGCCGUACAAAGCGCGAUGGGUGCCGUUGUUGGCUCGGUCGUCGUAACGUCCGGGACACCAACUCUUGGUGUUGGCAACGCCUGGCUGGUCACGUUCGUCGACUCGUGGCAGCUCAACUACGCGGCCAAUCUCGACACCAUCCGUGUCGGUACCAGCGCCUUGACAGGCUCGAAUGCUACAGCAGCUUGGCGCCGAGUCAUUGGCAUUGAGCCCACUCGAACGUCACUGUCCCUUGCGAUGAACGGUGCCGACUUUGCAGACACGGGACUCGCGUUUCAGUACCAUGACGCGAUCGUCGUCGACGCGAUUACCCCUGUGUUUGGCCCCGUGGACGGCGGCACACUGAUCACGGUCGCCCUGGCGUCGCAGAGCGCCAGUUGGUCGUCCAACGACGCCGCCCUCUACUGUGCAUUUGGUACCUCGAUCGUCCAAGCAGUCGUCGUGAGCCCGCUCGUCCUGCAAUGCAAAAGCCCGUUGACGACCAUACCCGCGCUCGUGCCACUCGAGAUCAGCGCCAAUGGUCUGGACUUUAGCACCUCCAACAUCGUGUUCGAGUACCGGGUGAGAAUGGAGCUCGCGUCGAUAACACCGACCCACGGUCCGAUCACGGGCGGCACACGCGUUUCCAUCAGGACGCCAAACAUUAAUGUCCUCGACGUGUACCAGUGCGCCAUCGGUGGCGUCGUUGUCGUCGCAGAAGAAGUGACACCGUCUACGAUCGUGUGCCGGACGCCGCCCGUUGCCGCGCCGCGGACCGUUGCGAUUGAAGUGACGUACAACGGCCAAAGCUUUUCGACAACCCAACUGCAGUUUGUGUACCACGUACCUUUGCGCUCGAGCAGCAUCGCGCCGGCAUGGGGCGCGGCCAUCGGCGGCAACACGGUGCUCGUGCGCGGCGGGACGUUCGACCCGACGCGCUCUGCGACGUGUCGCUUUGGCGAGAAAGUUGUCGACGGACUGGUGCUCUCGCCCGAGUUUGUCCAGUGCGCCCCGCCCCGCUUUGAUCCGGUUGGCCAAGUGCAAAGCAUUUCAACGUCCGCGUCUGGGUAUCUGCCCGAUGUGCAAGAGGUUGUGGUGUCAGCAGCGCCCAAUACAUCGCUCGUACUGCAAGUGGAAACGUCCGGCGACUUGCCACUACUAGAGACACAAGUGCUUACGAUCACUGGACAAACGAUCCCCGAGGUGCAGUCGAUUACGACGUCGGUCGCCGUGCUCUCGAGCGAGAUUCGGACCAUCUCGACGCGCAUGACGCCGACGGUCACCGAGGUCAAGACGCUUCAAACGACGGCCACCGCCACGAACGAAGUGCAGCAAGUCGUUGUGAGCGUCGACACGUCGAGCUUGACGAAUGCGCAAAUGGCGGUGCAGACGCUAGCGGUGCCCGUGCAGCUGGGCGAAACCGGCACAAUUUCUCUGGAGCUCCACGGCGCACUCUCGGUACCACUGCCGUAUACGUUUACCUUGACGCAGCUGCAGGCGGCGCUCCAGGGCAUGGCCACGGUCGGCGCCGUCUCUGUCAGUGUCAUGACGCCAACACCCAGUACGCGCUUGUAUGCAGUGACGUUUACGCAAAACACGGGAGCUCUCCUACCGCUCGUGCCGCAUGCUAGCAACUUUGUGCUUGUCGCCCCGUCCUCUCUCGUGGUGACAUUGGUGGCGGCGGGAACAUCGACAGCACUGAGUGGAACGUUUGCUCUCACGUUCAACGGCGCUAGCACUGGGCCAUUACUGUACGACAUUGCGCCGGACGACCUCGCGUCGGCGCUGCAGGCGCUCCCGAGUGUUCAAAACCAAGUCGUCGUCGCGAUGCAAGGAUGCGACUUUAACGGCGCCUGCUCGUGGCUCGUGACCUUUGUGGCGUCGCCGACGGUCAACGGCAACCUGUCACUCAUGACGGUCCAAGCCGCGGGGCUGGUCGGCACGGGCGCCAGUGCGGCUGUCAACGCAAUCUCGGACGGCAAUGCGGUCGGCGGCAGUUUUCAGCUGACGUUCCAAGGCGCAGUCUCGGGCGUGCUCUCGUGCAGUGCCACGGAAGCUGCGAUUGGCAACGCUGUGCAGGCGCUCGUGGGCCUACCCGUGCUCACUGUCACACGCCAAGGACCCGACGCCGUCAGCGGAUAUACCUGGAGCAUCACAUUCGGUGGUACACCCCAGGCGAUUGGGCCGCUGGUGCCAAUCUCGCUCGGGUCGCUCACGGGCGUCGGUGCCCGUGUUCUUGUCCAGACCUCCCGGCCAGCGCAAAUUCCCGAGAUUCAACAGCUGUCACUGUCUGCUACGUCGUUCAUCGGCGGCACGUUUGCGUUGUCGGUGAGCGGCCAAACAACCGCGCCGCUCUUCUCGGACAGCUCGGCCAGCGAUGUUCAGAUGGCGCUCAACGCCCUGAAUGAUCUCGGCACUUUCCUCGUCUCCAAGAGCGCGGUGGACGGCAACGGUGGUUGCCAGUGGUACAUUACCUUUGCGACGCUUGCUGUGACUCAAAAUCUCAUUGCUGUCGUUACCACCGACGACGACGGCCAACCAAUGCUCCAGGACUCGGGGUCGGGCGACGUACAUCUCGCCGUGUCUCGAGUGCAGUACGGUACCAGUGCCCCCCUCUCUGGUUCAUUUCAAGUGGCCAUCAACGGCGUUCUUUCGGGACUCAUCCCGUUUGACGCGACUGCAAACCAGGUUAAGCAAGCGUUGGAAGUCGUUGAAGGUGCCGGCCAAGUGAGCGUGUCAACAUCGGGGGCUCUUGGGUUCAACAACGCCAACGACUGGACCGUGACCUUCUUGAGCCCACUCUCGAGCCUUCGGUCGUUGGUGGCCAGCACGUCCACACUCGCGCCGGGCAGCGCGAACGUGCAGUUUGGUGUCGUCCAAGCAGGCACCGUGCCGACCAUCCAGUCGAUUUCAACGACGCUCAGCACCGGCUCGUUUGUGUGUAAUUUUGGUGGCGCACCGUCGGCAUCCAUCGACGCCACAGCAAGUGCAGCGUCCGUUAGGGCCGCACUCAUGGCCAUCCCGUCUAUCGGAUCCAUCGUUGCAUCGGGCCCGGCUGGCGGCCCGUGGCAAGUUACCUUCAUGCAGCUUGCGGGAACUGUGCCAACGCUCACCUGUGGCACUGAUCAAACCGUCUCUGUCGUUCAGUCAUCGACCGCGGCGGUGCUCGGCGGUCAACUCCGCUUCGGGUUCCAGGGUCAAUUUACAUCGUAUUUGAGCGCUGCCGCGACGGCCAACGACGUUCAGACGGCGCUGACAAGUCUCUCGAGCAUCGGUGCCGGGAACGUUGCUGUUACGUUAGGGCCUGCGGGGGUCAACAACGGUCAGACGUGGGUCGUGACAUUCACCAACGUGCCAGGGAACCUUCCGGCACUCGUUGUCGACACGACGCAGCUCGUGGGUACCACUGCGACGGCAACUGUUUCGACGCUCGUCCAAGGCAACCAAGUGACGGGUGCCUUUCAGCUCUCGUUCAACGGCGACACGACGCGGUCGCUAUCGCCACAGAUGGAUGCAACCGACCUCGCAUCCGCUAUCAUGCAGCUACCAUCCAUCAACUGCCGUCGCUGCAUCGUCGUCUCGCAGUCUGCUCCGCUCGGUGCUGCCGGGUACAACUGGACUGUAACGUUUCAGGCCUUCGAUCCAGUGUCGUCGUCGUUUGUGUGGCCCAUCGUUGGCAAUGUCGCGUCGCUUGCCAUCGACAACUCGUCGCUCGCUUGCAGCGGGUUAGUCGCGACUGUCACGACGGUGCAGAAUGGAUCUGCGCCGGUGCGUGGCAGCUUUGUGCUAGCCUACCGUGCGCAACCGUCGGUCGUGUUGGCGUGGAAUGCGACGGCCGACGACGUUCUUGCGGCCGUUCAGAACAUCAAGAGCAUCCCCUACUUUGGAAUCGGAUUCGCCGUCUCCCGCUCCGCCGUGACCGCAUCAGGCGGUGUACAGUGGCGCAUCACGUUUCCGUAUGACCUACCGUACCCGAACGAAGUCCUUGCCGUCUCGUCGCGCCUCCGCGGCAGCAACGCACAAGUGGUCGUGACCACCGUGACGCCGCAGACAGUCCCCAUGACGGGUAGCUUUACUCUCUCGCUUCUGGGGCAAAUGACGACAGCGAUUCCGUUCAACGCCAACGCGAGCGUCGUGGCCUCGGCACUCUCCGCGCUGCCUGGGCUUCCGACGGUGGACGUGUCGACGGUCCAUGAGCCCGGAGUCAACCGCUACGUCUGGCGCGUCACGUUUGCAUCGUUGGUCAACGCCGGUAACGUUCCACUACUACUGACACCUUCUGUGGCGGUCGGCGGCACGUCGCCCAGUGCCACCGUGACCAAGAUACAAGCUGGCUCGCACAACCAGAUACAAGUGAUUACCAUUAGCGCGGUGACGCUGUCACCCAACGGGACAUUCACGCUGGCGAGCGCCGGGUUUACGUCGCCGAUUGUGCUCUCGAUGACAAGCUCGGCCAGUGAGAUGACGACUGCGCUUUUGGCGAUCCCAUCGAUGUCGGCCGUGCGCGUCGAGCGCCGAGUGGCCAUGGACGGACACCUCGGUGCGUCGUGGUACGUUUUGUUUUUGGAUUCGAGCCAAGACCGGUCGCCACUCGUCGUCACACCAAUGACGCUCACGCCCGUGGGUGGCUACACAGUCAGCAUCACGACGUGGCCGUCCAUGACAACGCCGCUCUCUGGGACGUUUACGAUUGCGUACGGACGCAGCUGCAUCGACGGCGCGACGACCGAAUCGGCGUCGUGCGUGCCGUUGCAGACGCCGGCGCUUCCGUGCAACGUCGAUGCCGUCACGAUGCAGCAUGAAAUCUCGCUGCUGCCAGGCCUGAGCGCAGCCACGGUGACCCGCGCCGGCCCUGACUACCUCAACGGAUUCACGUGGUCGAUUUCAUUCCCACACGAGCUCGGUAGUAUUGCCUUGCUCGACGUUACUUUGGGUGGAAACCUUGGCGGGACCAACGCCAUGGUUGUUGCCGCCGAAACACAAGCCGGUGUCUCGUACGACAACGCCAAAGUCCCUGUGACGGUAUCGUCCAACGGUCAAGACUACUCGUCCCCGGCGGUCGUGUACCAGUACGUUCCCACGAUUCUCGUGUCGUCGCUGGCGCCGACGCACGGACCGGCCACCGGCGGUACCGAGGUCGUCGUCACGGGGUCGUUCUUCUUCAACUCGUCGGCGCUCUACUGCAGCUUUGGCGCGACGUCGGUCAAGGCGAACACGUACUUUAACAAUUCGAUGCUGGUGUGCAUCGCACCGCCGCGCGGCGACAACGCCGCGACGGUGGCGGUCGAGAUCUCGCACAACGGCGUCGGUCUCGCCAGUACUUCGUCCGAGAGUCACGUGCGCUUCACCUACGAUAUGCCGGUGGUUGUCCAGUCGGUGACACCGACGUCUGGCCCCGUGACGGGCAACUUUUCGGUGCACAUUUCUGGUGGUCCGUUCUUGCCCACCCCAGAAGCCCGCUGUCGCUUUGGCGCAUUCGUUGUGCGAGCUACGCAAGUGCACUCGGAUCUCCUUCGGUGCGUUGCCCCCAGCCACGCGGCGGGGACGUAUGCGCUUGAGGUAUCUCUCAACAACCAAGACUACACAAUGACGCGCUGGCCUUUUUACUUCUACCCUAACCCGACGCUAUCGCGAAUCUUUCCGGUCUUUGGCCCGGCCGUUGCGGCCGGCACCACCAUCACGAUCGUCGGCUCCGGGUUUGUGAACGUGUCCAGUCUUGUCUGUCGUCUUGGAAAAACGAUUGCGCCGGCCACGUACGUGUCAUCGACACAGCUGCGCUGCUUGGUACCGGCGCUCUCCGACUUUAGCAGCGGGUUGCAGCCAAUGCCGCUCUCGGAGCAGCGCAACACGUACCCCGACCCGAGCACCGGCAGUCGCCUUUUGUUUCCGACGGCGUGGCACUUUCCACUUGUCAACGGGCGUCUCGUCAGCGUCGAAGUGUCCAACAACCAGCAAGACUAUACGUACAGUGGGAUCAACUUUAUGUACUACGACGAUGCCACCGUUGCGGCGGUGACGCCGACGAAGGCAUUUGCAACCGAUGCGAUAUCUUUCUUUGUCCUUGGCGCCGCCUUUCUCAACACGACCGAGCUCCGGUGCCGCGUCGGACCGACGACCGUCCGCGGCGUCUUUUUGACACCGAAUGUCACGCUGUGCAUUGUGACCUCGAGCCUCCUGGAGACGACGCUGCCAAUGACGUCGACGACGUCCCCGAACGAUCCCGUUCCGACGUUUUCAGAGAGCGGGCAAUAUCUCUUUGUGGAAGUGGCCAACAACGGCGUCGAUUUUACAGCCAACCGCGUCGGGUUCGAGUACCUCGGUCGCUGUCCGACGGGCGCGUACUGUCCUCCGACAUUGCAAGGGCGACAAGUGACGUGCCCCCGCGGCACCUACUGCCCCGGCGUCGGCAAUGCCAACUAUACGCUCUGCCCCCGGGGCACAUACCAGCCGCUGCUUGGACAAUCGAAUUGCAUUCGGUGCCCCAUUGGGUAUCAUUGCCCUCACAUUGGGUUGCAUGUGCCCCGGGUAUGCCCCGCCGGCUUUGUGUGCGACGUCACAGGCAUCGAAGAAGCCGAUCAGCCGUGCCCCGUGGGUCAUUUUUGUCUCGAAGGCACGGCAACGACCGCGACGACGUGCGGGAACACCGUUGCGUCGCGCAAGCUCGCCGGCGCGUACACUCAGGGCGAGCGCCCGUCAACGCUGCGCAAGGGCCGGCGGGCGACCCCCCAAGAGCCUGUGCUCGGCGGUCGGAAUGCCGGGUGCUGGGACAAUAGCACCGCCGACUUUGGUCUGCAGCUGAGCGCCAACCCGAGUCGGUUCUGGAUGGAGCUCCAUCAGUUGCCGUUGUCGUCGGACACGACAAGCUUUGUGCCGUUGCGCGGACGCUACUGCAUGGACGAUGCGUGCUUGAAGGUCCAGAGCCCCCUCUCGGUGCAGGACACGGUGUUUGACUACGCAUCGACGGGGUUUGCUCUCCGACGACCGGUGCCGUGUCCGAUGGGCACCUACUGCCACGCCGGUACGGCGGGCAACGUCUCGACGAUGAAGAACUUCACGAUGCCCCAGCCGUGCUUUGAGAGCAUGUACUGCCCGGAAGGUAGCGUUGCUCCGGUGGGCCAAGGCAACUGCCCGACGGGGCACUACUGUCCGUUUGGUGUCAAGCUGCCGUGUCCCGCCGGCACCUACUGCCCAAGCACGGGCAACUACGAACCUCUUCCGUGCCUCCCCGGAACGUUCAAUGGCAUGGUGGGCCAGUCGUCGUGCACGCCGUGUCCCGCGGGCUUCAUUUGCCCCGGGUUCAACCGUGUCCAGCCUGUUCUGUGUCCAGCGGGGUAUGUCUGUUCGCGCGACCAGCUCGAAUCGCCCAACAUACUUUGUCCCCCGGGAUACUAUUGCCUUCAAGGUCUUUUGACCUCGGACCCGUUCCGGAAUGACACGACGCUGCGGCCGUACCCGUGUCGGCCCGGCACCUACUGCCUUGGUGGUGUCGUCGCCGACACGGUUGUGACGGGCGAUUUCUCGUUCGCUCAAAACUGCACGGCGGGUUUCUACUGCGAACUCGCGUCCGUGUCGCCCAAGGGCAUGGGCAUGUGCCCCCCGGGCUUCAUGUGCCCCGAGGGCACGGCCGCGCCGAUUCCGACGCCGCUCGGGACGUACGCGCAGCGCAGCGGCACGGUGCAAGCCGCGCAGUGUGCACCGGGGUACUAUGCCCCGACGAUCGAGACCUCCGAGUGCUACCCGUGUCCGCCAGGCACGACAUGCCAAGACGACGGCAUGAGUGUGGCCGUCUUGUGUCCCCCGGGCUCGUACCGCAGUACGCUGGAGAUUGACGGUAUCGCUUGUAUCCCGUGUCCCCAGGGCACGUGGUCCAAGAACUGGGGUCUCCGCGACGUGACCGAGUGCAUGCUCUGCCCGCCCGGCACAGUGUGCGCGACGGACGGUAUGACAAAUCCGUGCAGCAACAGCGACCUUCCGCUGCCGUAUGUACCAACGAACGCGGACGAGUCCAUGGAGCAGUGUCUCGGGAAGGGGCGCGCCUACUUCUUUGGCGUGCUCCUUGAGCCAUGGAUUGACGGCAACGGCGUCGGACCGCACUUUCUACCUCAUAUCUCGGGGCAGUGCUAUUACAACCCACAGCCGUAUGGAAGCCCCGUGUACCGUCGGUUCACCGAGUACUUUGGUCCACUCUACGACAUCACCAAUGGCAUUCCGAGCCAAGGGUAUGGCGACGCGACGCAGGCGCCGGGCCCGAGUUACUUUGACCGCGGGUCGCUCUACAUGGAUCUCACGUACUCGACGGUCUUUGACUUGCAGCGGAACUGCACCCGCGGCUUCUUCUUCAAGGACGCGUGGUUCCCCGGCACGUGCGAAGCCGACUUGAUUUGCUACUCGACCAAAAUCGCGCAGGCACUCAUUUGCCCCGAGGGCUUCAUCUGCGACGAAGCGACGACCGAUGGCUCGUCGUUGAGCACGCCGUGUGCACCGGGGUACGUCUGUGCGUUUGGGUCGACGCCCGACACGUACCUCGAGUCGCCGCAAGGCCAGUACAGCAAGCUCUGUCCACGGUCGUAUUUUUGUCUGGAGGGCACAGGCGAGGGCCUCAUGAAGCAGGACCCGUGCCCGCCCAACUAUUUUUGCCCCACGGGGACUGUCGACCCGUGGCACGGCCUGGUCGCCAACGACGCCUUGCGCCGGGGCCUCUCGUCGGCGUCGGCAAAUCCCUACACGAGCACCGAGAGUAUCGAGUACCUCGACGAAGGCGACGUCCGUGGCUUCUCGGCCCACGACCUGCGCUGCCUCCUUGCCAUCGACCCCGAGCUCCAAGAGACAUACCACUUGGUCAAUAGCGUCGUGUACAACACGGCCAUCGAGAACGACCUCGCGUGCGCGCGCGACCACAAGUGGCGCCAUGUGGUCAAUGCGAUCACGCGGGGCGAGUGCAACUGCACGCACCAAGUCGUGCUGACGCUGGACCUUUACAAGGUCUUUAGCUGCACCCCGCCCACGUGCGCCCUGCGCUCACUGCAGCUUGUGCUUGGCGCGACGUCGGCGUGGGGCGUCACCUUUCCAUUUGCCCCGACUGCCGUGUAUUCGUCGUACGCGGCGCUGGCCGCCGAUGCAACAGCCGAGUACGCCGCCAAGACGCAGCUGUCGAUGCGAGCACCAGUGAGCGACAUCCUCUACGAUACGUACAUGGCGGUGCAGCGGAUUGCAGCGUUGGGCGCGUCGACGCCGACGGUGUUCAAUGUCGACGGCAGCGGGAACGUCCUUCGUCCCGACUACUGCGAGUGCCAGCGCCUCCUCAAGUGUCCAAAUGGAACAACGUCGCCGUUGGCGUCGGACGACAUAUUCGACUGCGUCAAGACGGGCGUUAUUCUGCAGCGAAUCGACUUGAUUCCGCCGGGCCACCCGCGCCAGCUCAACGGGACGGACUACACGGUGCUCUCGGGCACUGGUGACCCGAUCAGCACGCUGCAACUUGAGCCAUACGAAGUGGCCAUCGUGACCAUCAACGCUACGGGCAUGGACCCAAACAUGACGUACAACGACCACUACCGCUUCUCGGUGUAUAAGAACUGCAAGCCGUGUCCGCCCAACUACAGCUGCAACUUGUACGCGAUCCCGCCAGCGUGCACGUACCCCGGCGGUGCCAACACGACGGGCAUGGCGCUCUACACGCAGUGUUUGGCGUCGGCGUCAACCGAUGUCUGCGACGCGAUUCCCUUCUUUUGCGAGAUGCGGAGCAAGGUGAAUGCGGACGGGACGCUGCGGACGACACCUGGCUGCUGCGCGUGCGAGCACGAAGAACUGCCCGUCUUCUUCCGCACCAACACGCCCGUGCUCGGGUUUCCCGACGACAAGCACGGCAUGGUUCAGUUUACGAUCUCGGCGGUCGCCCAAGUCGACGUGACGAUCGUCGCCGAGCUCUUCCACGGUCUGUACUACCGCAGCUUUGCAAGCGCGUUUGCAACGGCGAAUGUCCAGCUCAGCGUCUUUACUCCGUCGCGUGCUUACUACACGCCGACGACGCCGACGUCCAAUGCAUUCUUGCCGGUGUUACAAUCGUCGGAUUUCACGUCGCUCGCGCUGCCGCUCAACUUGCCCAUGUCCCGCGUGCGCAUUCCCGGGUCGCUUGGCUUCCAGACGCAGCUCGAGACGUCGCUCUUCAUUGACCGGGUCGCGGAUGUGUUUGUCGGCGACCCGACGCUGCCGUCGUCGGUUGGGUUUACGCGCAUCAGUGGCGAGCAGGCGCUGCUCGGCACCGUCCCGAAUGCGUCGACCCAAGUGCUGCCGACCGACCUUUUUGGCAACCAGAUCGUCCCCGACCCGCUCAACGACGUUGCGUACUCGUCGCGCUGGUGGCUUGACACGCAGCCCGGUGGGUUGGACGCGAUUGCGCUGCCGUACUUGCCGUACUUUAGCGCCUGCGCCGGCUACGACUCGCACAUGUCGUUGGCCAAGCUUCUCGAGACGCAUCCAGACUGCGUCGAGGUCGACUACAACGUCACACGGCCCGUUGACGAGCUGCUGUGGCGCAAGAAGACGGUGCCGCUCGCCGAUACAUGCGCCUUGCCGACGACCGGUAUCGAGCUCCAGUGCGUCUACGAAGAAGACCUCGAGGGCGGCACGGACCAGCCGCGGUGGUACGAAGCGGACCCUGGCACUACGCUCUUUUGGCUGACACGGUACCCAAUCGCCGCGUCCGACUUUGUGGGCAAUGCGUCGAGCACAAACCCCAUCUACUGGGGCGAGACCGACGUCAUCACAAACCUUCUCGGGUCGUCCGACCUCGUCGGUGUUGCCUUGGGCCCCACGACGCAAGGGUACUCGAUGGUGAUGGCGAAGACUGUGGCGCUCAGCAUCAACUAUUACCAAAUCACCGAAGGGCAAAAGAUCCUCGUCAACGCCCAGAUUGACCUGACCGACCAGUGCGUCGUGUCCAAAGCCCCCCAGGACGUGGCCGACGCCGCCGUCAACGGCAUUUACCCGUGUGUGACCAACGUCGUCACGGGCGGCUUGCUCUCGAAAGCCUACUCGCUCCAAGUGAGCUUUCAAGCGCUUGGGUGGUACGACCUCAUGAACCAGUUCCGGUUCUCGAUCCGCGUCUACCUCAUGCUCUUUGGCGCGAUCGGGGUCGGCAUGGUCGCGCAAGGCUAUAUCGUCUAUUUGAUCAACCGCAUCUUUACCAAGAUGCGCCACCCGCCACCGUUCCGCCUUCGGGAAUUUCUCAAAGCCACAGCACCCCAGCCGGCGUUCGGGACGCUCCUCGCUGUCGUGCCCAUCAUGUGCGUGACGAUUGCGAUCUAUGGCUGGUGGAACGUUCUCAAGUCGAAAGCACCGACGCUCAACCCGAGCGCCUACUCGUUCGAAGGCGUCUCGGGCGACUGGCUGUACAUUGCGGCCUUGGACGCUGCGCACGUCAAGGCGUUCAAAGCCGGUCGUGUCGGUGUCUCGCUACUGGGCUUUGGCAUGUAUCUGCUCCUCCUUGGCAUGAAGUACAUGAUCCCCGACGACAUGGACCAGCAGAGCGAAGACAACUUGAUGAACCAGUCGUCGCUGCAAGAGCCCACCGACCCGUUUGAGCUCCCGAUCCCGAAAGAGACCGAGGAUGACAAGCUCCAUGCGUCCGAAGACGCCAAGGAGACGAGCACGUACUGGAACCCGCGCGCGUGGAAGCGGGCCAACAUGAUCUUUGCGUCGUGCGUGACCGUGCUCACCCAAGUGGCCAUCAUCGAAUUCUCGUAUUCGACGUCGUUUACGGACCAUUCAUUCCGGUACUGGACGCUCUACAAGCUGCUCGAGCACGUCUACGACGCGUACAUCGGUGGUGCACUCGGGGACACGCUUCUCUGCUUACCCCACGCGAUCCUCAUCGGGAUCACGGAACUGAUCAUCACGCUGGCGGCGCCCGACUUCUACGCGUGCCUCAUGGGUCUUUUCGCGAUGCAGUGCUAUAUGAUCAUGGAGCGGCUCUUUGUCAACCCGUGGAUUGAGGACAUCAACCGGCUCAUGCCCAAGUGGAAGCUGCAGUUCCACCGCACGUUUCGCAAGAAGCGCCGGCGCACACGCGAGCAAAAAGCCAAGGAGGAGGCCGAGUGGCGUGCGCUGUGCCAAGAAAUCGACGAAGCUGGCGCCGGUGUCGAAGUCAUUUGCACCGCGUUCAUCGACACGUCGCUCGGCGCCGCGUCCAUGUACCUUGCACCGCUCGUCAUGGGGCUCAUCUACCUCUUCAACGUCGAGGCGCAAAUCGCAACCUUGUACGAGAUCCUCGAGAACGAUCUGAUGUACUACAUCCUCUUCGCGGUCGUGACGAUUCCGUUCGUGAGCGUCCUCGAUGUCGUGCUCUGGAACACACAAGAGCUCGUGCAUGGAUGGAAGGCGUACGAGUACGCCACGUACCAACGCCACCGGUUCAGCAUCCGAAAAGAGCGCUGGAUUCUCAACGCGAAAUUUCGCGACAAGUCGCUCGAAGAAGGCUUGCAGGACGUCGACAUCCUCUGCUUCUCGUCGCAGUACUACUUUCUCAUUGUCAUUUACGCGUCCGGCCUUGUCUACCUCAUGUUUGGCCUCUCGAUCUUCCUCCGGCAAAGCUACAACCCGCUCGGCGACGUCAUGAUGCCUGUGAUCCUCGUCUUGAUCUUUGCAUUUUGCACGGCCGUCACGCGCGUCUGCCUCUACAUUGGUCGCAAGGCCAAGAUCUGGGUCCCAAAGGGCCUCCGCGGCUCGAUUGACGACGAAAUUGCUGCGAAAUUGGCCGUCGGCGCCGGUCGCCAAGAAGACUUGGAGAUGGAGCGCAUGGAGAUGGCGGCGCUCAACUCGGAGCGGUUCCGACACCGCUUUAUGGAGCGCAACCGGCCGUGGAUUCUGCAGCACAUGGUCGAGCUCUUCACGCCUCGGACGCUGCAGAUGCCCGGGCCGCUCCACGACGGCAAGCCCAAUAUUGAGUACAUUCGCGACAUCUACAACGAGCUGCUCAACAUUGGCGAGGGCCGGCGCUUGGCGGGCGACGACCCCAACAUCUCGUCCGACGACGAAGACGACCUCUUCAAGAUGCGCCAAAACUGGUCCAACAUUCCAGUCGACGGCGCCUCGAAAGACCUUGCGCUCUACUGGCUCGCAAAAGCCCGCAAGCGCAUGGCGUUUGGGAAGCUCAUUGCCGGCAUUUUGCUGCAGCACAAGCAAGACGCGUGCGCGCUGUGUCUCAAGUCGGUCGCUGGCGGCUACACCAUGACCGUCGACAUUGCAACGCCGGAUGGAAAGGAGCAAGACCGCGCUGGCCUCGACCGGCUCAUCCGCGGGUUCGAAGCCAAGUACGGCGAGCGCGAAGCCGACUCGGAUCUUUGGAAGGCGUACUUUCGGCAGCACGCCGUCUUUAUCACGCUCUGCAACGUCUGCGUCUCGGUGCUCGAGCAAAAGCGGCUUGCGCGCAUCGUUGCAGUGCCUCCGCGCCAAACGCGCGCCGAAGACUUGAGCUCGGACGACGACGACGAAGGUAUUGACGUGGUCUUUGAGCCCAUGGUCGUCUCGCGCACGUCGAGCGAAGGACGCGUCAUGUCCAAGUGGCUCCAAGCAGCGCGGAAGCGGCUCGGCGGUGUCUUCCCAAGAGACUCGGCGCGGGCGGAAAUGGAAGCGUAUGCAGAGAAGAUGCGCGCGGCAAAGGCCCGCAAGACCAAGAAGAAGCGCGUCGACUCGGACGACGAAGACCCGAGCGUGCACUGGAAGGUCUCGCUCACGGAAGCGUCGCGCGCGCUCCUCUUGAAAUGGACGUGGCAAGCGCGGGACAAGCAGUUUGCCGCAUUUCGCGCCAAAGCGUCGAGUCUCCGGUCGCAAAUCGAGGCGACAGCGCACAAGAUGCACGAAGUCGACGAUUGGUUUUACUCGAAAGAGCUACGUCUCGAAGGCGCGUCGCUCGAGGCCAAUGGCAAGCAGCUCCUCGAAGACCAGCUCGCGCUCGAAGGCGACGCGCAAACCAAGAGCCGCACGGCCACGCAAGAGCUCGAUGCGUACGUGACGGAGAAGCGCGCGGCGAUGGCCAAGGAGAUCGACACGUUCAACUUGAUGCUCGAGAAGGAGCUCGUGAGUGCAAAGACGAGCAGCGCCGCAAAAGAAGUCGAGCUUGCCGAGGCCAAGCGCGCCAAGGAAGUCGAGUUUCUCGAGCUCCAAAAGCAAGCCAAAAUCGACAACAAUGGCAAAGUGCCGCCGAUGCUCCUCAACGAACACCGCGCGUACCUCGCCAAGAUGGACGACGACCGGUACAAAGCCCGCGACGACAUUGAGAGCGCGGCGGCCGAGAAGGCCAAGCAGAAGCAAGAUGCGUUCGACCGCAAGAUCGCGCUCAGCGAACAAGGCAUUCUUAACCGCAGCGCCCUCCACGCCCACCGACUGCUCGCGAUCCGAAAGGAGAUGAUGACGUCGCUGCGGAUGCAAGAGAAAACGUGGCAGAACAAGGCGACGAGCUGGCUCGAAAAGGCCACGCGCAAAGUCGCCGUCAAGGAGCAAGAGGACGCGGCGAAUGCCCUCGCGGCCAAGAAGCGCAAGAAGGCCUAAACCUGAUUCGAUUUACAUAUGUUGUAUCGAGCUAUCGACUUGGUAUCAACUUAAUACAGUAUGCUCCAACGCGAACACGAGACGACGGAUGCGAGCUUGGUUGCGGUUGCGAGUAUUACAUUUCGAUUAACUAAACGUGUGGCCAUCAAAGUCGUCCGAGUCGGA